UUUAAAUUUCCCCCCAAUAAUCGUACUUCACACCGAGAUUACUUACUCAUAACAGAACAGAGUAGCCGGUUCAAAACGGAAAUGGAAAGAUGGUCCGUCGUCAGACACCGUGAAAGUAGCCAAUCAGCGUUAUUGCGAUGAUAUUCCGUAUCGGGCCAUAGAUUUACUCUCACUCUCAGUAAAUUCACUUAAGAGAGAACUACCAUUCCUAAAUAAACCCGAUUCGAAGCUUUUCUGGGUGAACCCUAGGAGAAAUGGGCGGGCUUGCAAAGAAGAGGAAGGAGAAAGAGCAGCUCCUAGCCAAAGGGUCCCUCAUUGAGGUGCGAACAAACGAAGAAGGCUUCUCGGGAGCGUGGUUCGAAGCCGUCGUCCUCAAUCCGGAUCCUUCUGAUUCAGCUACAAAAUCCGCCUUCAAGAAGAAGAAGAAGGCCGAAGAGGUCUAUGUGCAGUACGACACCCUACUUUCAGACGAUGGUCAUAGUCUUCUAAGAGAGUUCGUGCCCCUGGAAUACAUCCGGCCCCGCCCUCCUCCUCAAACCGUUGAGGGUUUCGAGCUCAAUGACACCGUUGAGGCGAGUUAUAAGGAUGGGUGGUGGACUGGUGUUGUGACUAAAGUUCUCCCUUCUAGCCGCUACACCGUCACCUUUGACAACCCACCGGACGAGCUUGAAUUCGGCCUGUCUGACCUGAGAUUUCAUCGUCGGUGGCUUAACGGGAAGUGGACCCAGCCCAAAAAGAAGAAAAAAGCAGGAUUGACAUAUAGUGUGGGGGGAAAGGUAGAAGUCUCAUUUGACGGGGUUGAGUGUAAGGAUGCUUGGUUCCCUUCAAAAAUCGUUAAAAGUCAUGGUGAUGGCUCUUUCUUGGUGAAGACCCCAAGGCCAAAUGGUGAAAGUGAGAAAGAGCUAAUUAGACUAGCUUUUGAUGAUGGCAUUCAUAUCCGACCAUGCCCUCCACUCCACAUCAAACAAAAUCAUAAAAGUUAUGGUUUGCUUGACAAAGUAGAUGCUUUUUAUGAUUUAGGAUGGUGGCUUGGAGUGGUAAACAAAAUACUUCUCGACGAUAAGUAUGUUGUUGUCUUUCAACAUGCGAAAAAGGAGAGGGUGCUCAAUCACUCCGAUCUGAGACCUCACUUGAUUUGGAAAGAUAGAAAAUGGUAUACUUCUCAGGGUGAACCGGUCUCUUCAUAUUGCAACAUUGAGGAAGGGGACAACUGCAAUGAUCUGGAUAUGAUCCAAAGUGAUGUUCCUUCUAAUAACCAAUGUACUCCUACAAACGGAACAUCUGGAGAGGGAAUGACCAGAUCCUUAGUUUCUGAUGGGGGGGAGAGUCAGCAGCUAACUGUUUGGAACGCUUCAAGUUCUAGAGUUUCAGUGACGGUAAAGAAGCAGCGUUUGGAUCCGUCAACAGGAGGUUCAACUCAAUUACCAUCCUAUGACACAUCUAAGAAAAAGGAAAGUGAAUGUGAAACUCCAGCUAAGGAAAUACCAUGUAGCUUUUCCAGCCCAGACCAAUCUUCUGUGGGGAAUACAGCUGAGAGGAAUAGCUCUGAAGUUAAUGAGCGGGGAUCAGUAUCAGGUCCACAUCGAAAGAAAGGGAGGCCAGUAAAAUCUCAAGCAAAACGCCCACAACCUAUAGCUCAAGAAGGUACACCAAACAGAAAGAGAGGAAGGCCACCAAAGGCACUUGUUGAAACUCCUGAUGUACAAAUAGAAUAUCAAGUUCCAAAACACACCCAAGACACUAUUGAGACUCGUGGAAAGGAAAAUGUCGGAUCCGUAGGCAUGGAGAAAAUAGGUCAUGCAGAUUCUAGCAACGUCUCUGAUGAUCAGCCUCUCUCAACGUGGGUUGGUAAAGUGUACACUCCAACUGAUGUGGAUGGAUCAGCAAGUAAUGGGGAGCGAGGCACAGAAUCAGGUGAGAAGUCUGCCGAGCCAACUCCAGAUGGUAAAGUGACAACUGCAAGUGACCUCCACCAAAGCCUGCCUUUUGUGAAGAAAGACACACUUCUAUGGAAAAUAAUAGAAUCCAGAGAGGCUUUCAAGAAAAUUCCACAGAAUCCGCAUUUUCGGCCACUAGAACAUGUUGAAGACUUUCGCCGUGAAGCACAGGCUUUCUUCUACAUGGGAACCUUCACUGAUAUAGUAGAUAAGGCUUGCAAAUUGGAGGUUGAUGGUCCGAGAAGCACCAUUGAUGGAAUGCUGGACACACUUGUUGAAUUGGAGUCACAUGGGUUUAAUGUUGCGCCGAUACAUGGUCGUUUGAAUGAGGUCCUGUCAUAUAAAGACAAACUGGAAAGUCUCGAAGCCUUAUCAAAGGAAACCUGCAAUGAAAUAGAGAAGCUCAAGAUGGACAAAGUAGAGCUCAUGAAGCAAAAAGCUGAGUUGGAAAAAGGCCUUUCCCAGGUGGUGUCCAGGAUAGAGUCCAAGGAUCAUGACAUUGCUUCUGCACAGUCCAGGAUGGAUGAGACCAGCGAGAAAACAAGACACUUGCGCCAGGAUUUGGAUGCUUUAACUCGCAAACCAUUUUGAAAAGUACUACUGCACUACCAAACUUGUUGGUAGUGCGCAGAGUUGUGUGUAUGCUAUGGAUUGUUCACCCUCCCUUUAACAAGUAGACGAUAUGGAACACUGCAAUUAUGAAUUGCUUUGAUGAUCCAAGUGGGUCUUUCUGACUGAUUUUGGAACCAAGAUCUCUCUAGAUUAAUGUAACGAUUAGGAGCAGUUUUAAGUAGAUUAGUGGGGGUGAAACAUCACUUGGGAUUUCAUCAUCUUUAAGAGAGAUUAGCUUUUUCUUAAUUCCUCCUUUUCUUUGGUCUCUUGAUUUAAAUUUUAGUUUGCGUUUUUAUAUUCCAC